AUGCAAGAAAUCGUUCAGUUAACGUUUAUCCAUGACAAGGAGGAUAUUCGAUGGUUGAAUGCGGGAAAUGCGGCCAGGCACCGCCACUCCAUCUUCACAGAUGUCGAACGUCGAGACAUGACUCUUGAGCUUGUCUCUUCUGUACCAGACCAGAAUCCCGACCAGGCAAUUGUUGAUCUGGAAAGGUUCGACUCGGAUACCAAUUGCUCGGAACCAUUCUCGCUUUUUCGGGGCCCUUUUGCCGCCGCCUUCCCCAAUGACUGGUUUGAGCAGCUGGAGGAGCUGCCAGUAGAGGAGGAUUUUAGCCAGAAUCCGUUCAGUCUAGAUGCCUUCGAUGCUCUAAAUGCAGAUUACAGUGACGAUUUGCUGCUAGAUUGGCCGAAUCCAGAGCCGCUUCUGAGUAUUGGAACAAAUUUCCAUGAGCCGAGUCCACAAGCAGGGCUCAAUCCAUACAUUUACGUGGGCAAUAUCGAAGGCUGGAGUCUCCUAUCUCAUUACAAAGAGCGAAUUGUCCCAUUGAUCUCCUCCUUUACGCCGAGGAAAGGAGACACCUUGGAUGAGCCUGGUAUUGCCAUGCGCGAUGGCAACUUUGGCAGACCUGAUGCUGAAUGGGUCUUCCAACCAUGCACGGCUUGCCCUAUUAAACGCCGUAUGGAGCACAAGUGCCUUUCACUUGGGGAACAAUUCAGUAGAUUGCCUUCAGGAAUGGACAGUCUCGGGAGGGACCUACUUGGCACGGGCUCAAUACCACUUCCAACGAUGCAUGGAGGAAAGCUGUAUCUCGGCUACGAAGACGAGCAAAUAUAA